CCCUGUGGACAAGGCCGACGUCACCAUGAUCAGUGGUUUGACUGUUAACCGAGAGAAUGACUCUCUCAGUGUUGGGAGUGAGCCGGAGGGCGCAGGAGGGACUGCAGCUCGGAGGAAGUGGAUCCGGCCAGAUCUGCCCAGCAGAUGCACCUGGAGACUGGGCGCACCGAUUUCAGAGUCCCCUCACAGACACCCAGCUCGCACCAAGCCCACCAGCAUCCUCCCCAACAUCCUUGAGAAAAUUGGACACACGCCCCUGGUUCGCUUGAACAAAAUCCCCAAGGAGUUUGGGCUCAAGUGUGAAGUUUUGGCCAAGUGUGAGUUCUUCAGUCCCGGAGGCAGCGUCAAAGACAGGAUCGCCCUGCGGAUGGUGGAGGACGCUGAGAGAGCCGGGGUCCUCAAACCUGGAGACACAAUCAUCGAGCCCACGUCCGGGAACACAGGUAUCGGCCUCGCCCUCGCCGCUGCAGUAAAAGGCUACCGCUGCAUCAUCACCAUGCCUGAGAAGAUGAGCAAGGAGAAGGUGGACGUGCUGAGAGCUCUCGGGGCAGAAAUUGUGCGCACGCCCACGUCUGCGGCUUUCGACUCACUGGAAUCUCACAUAAGCGCGGCCUGGCGUCUAAAGCACGAGAUCCCCAACUCGCACGUCCUAGACCAGUAUCGCAACGCCGGCAACCCCCUUGCUCAUUAUGAUGGCACAGCUGAGGAGAUACUGGAGCAGUGUGACGGUAAACUGGACAUGUUGGUGGCCGGAGCUGGCACAGGUGGAACGCUCACAGGUGUCGCUCGAAAGCUGAAGGAGAGGUGUCCCAAUGUCAAGAUAGUUGCUGUGGAUCCUGAAGGCUCGUCCCUGGUUGGAUCUGAAGAAAAGCAUGAAAAAAAUAUUGCCUAUGAAGUGGAGGGCAUUGGAUACGACUUCAUCCCCACAGUGCUGGACAAAUCCCUUGUUGACAUGUGGUACAAAUCGGGCGACAUGGAGACGUUCACCAUGUCGCGCAGACUGAUCAGAGAAGAGGGUCUUCUGUGCGGGGGCAGCUCGGGCUCAGUGGUGGCGGCUGCAGUGAAGAUGGCUCGAGAGCUGGAGGAGGGACAGAGAUGUGUGGUCAUCCUGGCCGACUCCGUCCGCAACUACAUGUCAAAGUUCCUCAGCGAUCAGUGGAUGUGUGAGAAGGGCUUCGUCCUCACACCAGAAGCUCCGAUGGAAAACAAACCCUGGUGGUGGAACCAGACGGUCCAGAGUUUACACCUGUCCGUCCCCCUCACGGUCUCACCAUCCGUGUCCUGCCAGAAAGUGGUGGAGAUCCUGAAGGAGAAGUCGUUCGACCAGGCCCCGGUCAUCAGUGAGUCAGGUGACAUCCUGGGGAUGGUGACUCUGGGAAACAUUCUGUCCUCUGUGUUUUCGGAGAAGGUCAAACUUUCGGAUGCUGUCAGCGCGCUGCUCUGCAAGGACUUCAAAAAGGUGCAACUGACAGACAACCUGGGGAAACUGUCUCUUAUCCUCCAGACGGACAAAUUCGCUCUGGUGCAGCGCGACCACACUCAGUAUGUGGCUAAUGGAUCGGUUUGUCAGAAGCAGAUGGUGUUUGCCGUCGUGACGGCGAUUGACCUCCUUAACCACAUCACCGCACACGAAGGGAUCGAUCGCUAGUCGCCCGAAAGCUCAAUCUCAGAUGGCACGUCUCUGCAGCACAUUGCAGAUCAGCUGUAGUGUAAACAAGUGAUAUUUUUCCUCGCUGUCAUGGAGAGGCCGACACAAAUCUAUGAUCCACGUUACAAUGAUCACAGUCGACGUGGUUUAUUUUGAGUUCAUCACAUAGAGAGCCACUAUUUAGCCCUAUUAAAAAGUCUGCUGCAUAUUUUUAAAAGUUUUCCUGAUGCGUUCGCUGCGGAUGAGAGUCACAGCCUCAUCGUGGAGAAGUUUUAUCAGUAAGAAAAAAAAAAUAGCAAAACAUCAGCUUAAAUCUUUUUUUUAAUCUGUCCGAUGAUUAUGUAAAGUGAUUAUCAUGAUUUAUAGCUUACGAGUGUUGACGUGAAAUGAUGUGAAAUCCGGUAGAAAGGAGACAAUUCUCAUUAAUUUUUUUCUCAUAUAUUGCAGAUAUAGGUCCUGUUUUUCACCCAGUGCAGUUUUAAAUGAAAUUGAAUAUUAUACAUAAACAUAAAUGAUGAUGCCUUGA